CACACCUGCUCUGAGACUCACUCUGGCAGUGCCGUUGGCGGCAGGGCUGCAGAGAGAGGCUGCGGGACCAUGGACAGCAGGAGUGCGCUGGUGGUUUACUCUGUGAACUUGGAGAAAAAGGAGAAUGCCGCUGCCCACCACACGUCGGAGUUCCAGACCCAGAAGCUGGUGCUCAGACGCGGACAGAUUUUCAACAUAAAGGUGGUGCUAAACAGACCUCUCCAACCUCAGGACGAACUGAAGCUGGUAUUUUCUACUGGAGAGAGAAUAUCGCACUUCGUGGAGCUUGAUCCAAUGACAUCCUUCCGUUCUAAGGGUUGGCAGGUGAAAAUUACCAAACAGUCCGGCGGCGAGGUCACACUGGCUGUCAUCAGCGCUGCCGACGCCAUGGUGGGGAAGUAUUACCUGAAGGUGAAUGAGAGUAAAGGUGGAAUAUUCUUCCUUCUCUUCAAUCCAUGGUGUGCAGAUGAUAACGUUUACAUGCCUAGUGAGGCGGAGCGGGCAGAGUACAUCCUUAAUGAUACCGGCUAUAUUUACAUGGGUUUCGCCAAACAAAUCAAAGAGAAGCCCUGGACCUUUGGUCAGUUUGAGAAGCACAUCCUGAAAUGCUGCUUCUCCCUGCUGACCCAUCUGGAGCCCAGUGAACUGCAGAGCCCGGUGAUUGUGUCCAGGACCAUCUGCACCAUGAUGUGUGCCGUGAAUAAUGGCGUGCUGGUGGGGAACUGGUCGGGAGACUACAGCAAAGGCACCGCCCCCUACGUGUGGACCAGCAGCGUGCCCAUCCUGCAGCAGCACUUCAUCACCAAGGAGCCUGUGUGCUUUGGCCAGUGCUGGGUUUUCUCUGGGAUCCUGACCACAGCACUGAGAGCAGUGGGCAUCCCGGCUCGCAGCGUGACUAAUUUUGAGUCAGCCCACGAUACGGGGAAGAACCUCAUAGUAGACAUCUACCUGGAUGAAUCGGGCAAGACAAUUACACAUCUCACCAAAGACUCUGUCUGGAAUUUCCACGUGUGGACAGACGCCUGGAUGAAAAGACAGGAUCUACCCCAGGGCCAUGAUGGCUGGCAGGUCCUGGAUGCUACACCACAGGAGAUCAGCGAGGGAGGCUUCCGCACUGGGCCAUCUCCGCUGAGCGCCAUCCGCCAGGGGAAGGUCGAAAUCCAGUACGACACCAAGUUUGUCUUCACCGAGGUCAACGGUGACAAGUUCAUCUGGCUGGUGAAGCAGCACCAAGGCAGGGAGAAGAACGUCCUUAUCGCCGUGGAGACUGCGAGCAUCGGCAAGAACAUCAGCACCAAGAUGGUGGGCGAGAACAAGCGCGAAGAUAUCACCUUGCAGUACAAGUUCCCGGAAGGCUCCCCAGAAGAGAGGAAGGCCAUGGAAAAGGCCGCCCGUAAGCACCCGGAUGAGGACAAACCCGGCCGUCGGCCAGUGAACAGCAUGCUUCAGAUCCAUGUCCUCCAGAAUUCGGUGGAGCUAGGCUAUCCUGUCACUUUGACCCUAGUGUUGAAAAGGAAAACGGCCAUACCACAGAAUGUCAACAUUUCGUGCUCCCUCGACCUACAGACAUAUACAGGCAGCCAGAAGACAAACCUGGGAAUCAUCCAGAGGACGGUGCAGAUCCAAGGUCAAGAAUCAGAGGUGGUUCUCAGCAUGGAUGCUAACUCCUACAUCUACAAACUGGGCAUGGUUGAUGAUGAGGUGGUCAUCAAAGGGUUCAUCAUCACAGAAAUAGUGGAGACUGGCGACAAGGUGGCCACCGACACGACCCUGUCGUUCCUGUACCCCGCCUUCUCUGUUGAGAUGCCGGACACGGGCAAGGUCAACUGGCCACUUCUCAUCACCUGCACCUUCAAGAACACCCUGCCCAUCCCUCUGACUAACAUCAGGUUCUCCGUGGAAAGCCUGGCCCUCUCGAACAUGCAGUCCUGGGAUCAAGGGACAGUGCCACCUGGACAGUCCAUCACUUUCCAAAUGAAGUGCACCCCAGUGAAAAGUGGACCCAAGAAAUUUAUUGUCAAGUUUACUUCCAGACAAGUGAAGGAGGUUCAUGCCGAGAAGAUCAUUCUCAUCACCAAGUAGCCCAGCUGA